CCCUGUUGCCCCUGUUGCCCCUGUUGCCCUGUGCCGACCCUGGUCUUGGUCUCGGCUGCCACUGCACCGACCCUGGCAGUCCUUGGUUCCCAUCAUGGCUCGACCUCAACCCGCCGCCGGCUUCGUUGACCAAGAGCUUGCCCAGGCCCUCGACGAAUACUCCUUUGGUCUCCGGAUGCCGCCGACGGUCUGGCGGCCAUCGCCGACUGCCGAGCCAGCGUUGCCCCGGAUCAGCCUGGCACUCCUGGAAGGUGUCGAUCUUGUUGUUUCAGUCUCCAAUGCAGGCUUUACGAUCAUCCAAGUCGAUCCUGCAUCCGCCGAGGACCAUUCACUGGCAGAGGCUCGACCAUUCAACGCAGACCCGUAUCUGCUCAAGACAUUCGAGAGCCUGGAUGCCCUGCUGAACGAAGCCAGUCCGCUCUUUCGCGGCAGAUUCCAGCAGCGGCUGUUUGCACGAUUGGCAGAAAUCCAAGACGAACAGAGCGACGGCAGCGAUGGCAGCGACGGCGAUCGAGACAGGCCCUGAGACCACCGAUGCAGCAGGCCGUCGUCUGCAUCGAUAUGAUCAGUGCCAUUGCCAUUGCCAUUGCCAUUGCCAUUGCCAUUGCCAUUGCCAUUGCCA